AUGAACUUGACGGAAUUACAGCAGCAUCGUGCAAAUACAAAGCGAAAUAUCAGCCGUAUUAAAAGUGUGAUCGAUGCAAACGGUCGUGGCGAUGGUCGAACAUUAUCUUCUGCGGAACUAAAGUGUCGAUUUGGAAUAGCCGAAUCAUAUUUUAAGCAGAUUCUGUCAUAUCAAACACAAAUUGAAGCGCUGGACCCUGAUGACAAUUCUUGUGGCGAUCUGGAAGAAUUGUAUAUAGGAAUCAAGCUUGAAAUUGAAUCACAAUUGGGUGAAGAAGUAAACACUUCAACUUUACAGUCAACACUGUCAGUUAAACUGCCCUCAUUCAGUGGCAAAUAUUCAGAAUACAACAACUUCAUUACAUCCUUCAAGCAAAUAAUAGAUCGGGAAAUGGGUCCAGCACUCGACACCGUCAAGGCGUUUCAAGUUAGCAACGAGAAUUAUCCUAAGGCGCUCGAACGACUGAAGUCGCGCUAUGACAACCCCACUUUGAUAUUCAUGGAAAACAUCACGUCACUCUUUGAGCUUCCGGCAGCAGCUAAACAAAGUAGCCAGUUAAGACAUCUUGUAGACACAGCAUCGGCGCUGUACAGCGCACAUUCGUCUUUGGGUUCAGACCGCGACAUAGCCAACGCAAUGCUGAUACAUCUUGUGAUUGGAAAGGCAGAUGAAGACACUCAACGAAAAUGGAAGGAGUCGCUCGAUUUUACGAGCUUGCCGACGUGGAAUGAUUGUGCCAAACUACUCGAAAGGCGCUGCCAAUAUUUUGUGUCCAUUGAUUCCAGCGGCAAACAAGAUACAGCACACUCGUCGUCACAGAAGUUUGAGCAAUCCAAAUCAUCGCGGAAGGCAAAUCAACAGCGUCGCCACGCCUUUUCUAUCACAAGUUCCCAGUUUAAUUGUGUUCUAUGUUCCAGCAACGAACACGUCAUCAAAGACUUCCCUCGUUAUAAAUCGCUAGAUGUCGGCUCGCGCUUCGAAAAUGUAAAGAAACUUGGAUUGUGCAACAACUGCCUUGCUCCAGGGCAUUUCGUUUCAAAAUGCCCGUCGACUUUCAAAUGCAAAUCAUGUUCAGCUCGCCAUCAUUCGUCGCUAUGUAGAAAAUCUGAAGUGAGUUCAACGACAUCGCGCGACGCUAGUGCGAUUGUACACACUCAUUUGGGUAAUUCGUCCUUCGAGCAAGUAAUUCUUGCAACCGCAAUCGUAUUAGUGCGAGAUCCUGCAGGCAAUUACGAACUUGGUAGAACAUUACUUGAUUCGUGCUCACAAGUAAAUUUUAUAACUGACAGUUUUUCGCAACGUCUACGCCUGCAAAGGAAGAAGCAACGCGUGGAAAUUUUAAGCAUCGGCAAUUCACCAACAACCAUGAGGCAUAAGGCUAUAGCUACCAUCAAAUCACGUCAUUCAGAUUUUGAGUUGCCACUUGAGUUUUGCGUAACGCCACACAUUUCACAUCAACCAGUGCCUGACAUAGACGUUUCAUCCUGGAACUUGCCAGCGAAUAUAAAUCUGGCCGACGAACAUUUUCACAAAUCGCAGGGAGUUGAUUUGCUAUUAGGAACUGAUUGCUUCUUCAACGUCCUAUCCAUCGGGCAAAUUAAGUUAAUGGAAUCUCUGCCAAUCUUGCAGAAGACUUUGCUGGGGUGGAUCGUUGCUGGCAAAUACAAUUCACCAACAGUUAUCGCAGCAUCCAUUCCACCCUCACUCACGUCGUCGCUGGCUACUUCAUGCAGCGUACCGGAUACUUCGCUUACCAAUGGUCCAGCAUCUAUCAACGUAGCAUCGUGUUUGUUAUCUUGUGAGGAAAUAAUACAGCAGCAAUUGGAGGGAUUGUGGCAAAUCGACAAUACGACUAUCAAUGCAUCUACACUCACCGAUGAACAGGCUGCUUGUGAAGCAUUUUUUGUGAAGACCGUGGAUCGUGAUGCUACGGGUCGAGUCAUAGUGCAAUUGCCCUUUAAGAACGAUGUCGCUCUUCUGGGUACAGCGUAUGGUACUGCGCUUAGACGAUUCAUUUCGCUCGAACGUCGCCUUCAAUCGCAACCGGAAGUUAAGUCACAAUAUGUAGAUUUUAUGCAAGAAUAUGAGGCAAUGGGCCACAUGACGAAACUUGAAAACGUUGACUUGUCAAGCCCACAUUUCUACAUCCCUCACCACUGCGUACUUCGGCCCACCAGUACCACAACAAAGCUACGUGUUGUCUUCGACGCGUCGUGUCGCACAUCUACCCAAAAAUCGCUAAACGACAUACUUCAACUAAUUGAACGGCGUUGCCACAAAUUGUUAGCAAACAGUCUGCAGGACUGUAGCAGUAGCAAACAAAAUACGGCGUAUACUGUCGAUUAG